GGCGCGCCAGACCCCGACCUGCACGACCACGACGUCAUCGACAGCGUCAUGUACAUCUACUUCGGCCAGCAGCGCCAGCUGCAGCUGGAGCGCGAGCAGCGCACCAGGACCUCCUGGCGGGUGCUGGUGGCGGGCACAGUGGCCGCCAUGGUGGCGCAGGUGCUGACGCUGCUGGCGGCGGCACGGAGGCUGCGCGAGCGGCCCAGGGACUGCUCGGCCGCCAUACUUCUCAACACCGAGGCCGCCCUCGCCACUGCCAGCCUCGUCUUCCUGUCCGGUGUACAGGCGACGCGGUCCCGGCAGCUGUGUGAGGCCGUGUCGCUGGUGCUGCAUUACGUGCACCUGGCGGCCGCGUGCUGGCUCUUCACCAUCAGUGUGCAUGUGCUCCAUCGCCUGCGAAGCCGCUGCCGGCAGCUACUGUCGCUCGCCUGCCCACUCGCUUGGCUGCUGCCCGCCCUCGUUGUAUUGGGCUGCUACCUGUUCAACCCGCACAGCUACGAGACGCGCCGUUUCUGCUGGAUGUCUGUGGAGCGAGGCAUGAUGUUCUCCUACCUGGUGCCCGUCGCCUCGCUCAUCUUUGCGAACACGGUGGUGACGGUGGCGUGCGUGCGCGAGCUGGCGCGCCGCGAGCUGCUGGAGAAGGCGGCGCCGUGCGCGGACGAGUGCUGGUGCGGCGAGGGCGGCGAGCCGGCCGACUCCGCGCUGUGCCUGGCCGGCGGCGCCGACGAGCCGGAGGGCGGCGGCCCGCAGCUGGGCCAGCGCGUGCUGCGCCGCUGCGCCUGGCUGCUGCCGCUGUUCGCCGUCGCCUGGUUCCUCAGCGUCGUCGCGCUCGAGAACCCGCACGCGCUCACGCUCUCCUUCCUGCACGGACUCACCACCGGCAUACUCAACUGGUACAUGUUCAUGAGUGUGUCGGCGGUGAUGACGCCGUGUGAAGACCCGCCAGCGGCUGUGACUGCCCCCGCCACCGUCAUCUCCGCCCCCGAGGCGCCGGCAGCCGGGCUGCAGCUGAGCCGGGAAUCCCUGGACUGCCAGCCGCUGCUGGGGGCGGAGCUGCCGCCUCCGGGGGCGUGGCCGGCGGGGCCCAGCGCCGGCGCCGCCGCCUCCGCCCAGAGGCCCAGCAUCGCGCAGCGCCGGGGCGAGCUGCUCGAAAUGAGUCUCGACUGCAUCAGCACCAUCAGCGCGUAG